GAACACGAUGAUGUCACAGACAGGAUGACAUCACACGUACAGCCCCUAUAUAACCACACACUUGGUGACUUUCAGAUCACUUCAGUUUCGACGACUCGAGAGACUCGUCUGUGUUUGGUGUUCGUGCUACGUUCCUUUGUUUAAGUAAAAAAAAAAAACCUGGCGGUACAACCAUGCCGUGGUCGGCCGUUCGAGACCGACUGCUGUCGUUCCUGCGCUCCUGCUGCCCGGCCCGGCGGAGACACAGGCUGAGGGAGCUGGAGGCCGAGCUGAGGGCCGAGCGGCUGGCGACGGAGAGACUGCGGGCCAGGCAGGGUCGGGACAGAAAGGGUCUGCUGGAGGAAGUGGACCAUCAGAUAAGGAUGAGGAUGCUCUCCGAGUCAGUGAGGAAGAGGCACCUGCUGACCUCUGUGUGGAAGGAGCACCUCUGUGAGACCCAGCUCCAGCAGUACAAGGAGAACGUGACGUCCACGACCGAGGAGACGGAGAGAGCCAGACGCAACCUGCAGGACGUGCGGAGCCUCCGACUGAUGGAGGAAGAGCAACACAGACUGGAGGAGAAAAGUAUGAAAGUGUGCUGGGAGGAGGAGAGAAGCACCAUGAGGCAGGAGAACGAGGAGCUUAUGAGAAGAGUCGGAGAACUAGAGGAGCUCUAAAAGGAGCUCUAGGAGCAAAGAUCGGACGCAUAGGGUGAACUGGGAUCGUGCAAACUGGGAGGAGAAAAAGAACUUCAAAAAAUCGAACAACAAAAGAAAGAAAGAAAGAAAGAAAGAAAGAGAGAGAGAGAGAGAGAGAGAGAGAGAGAGAGAGAGAGAGAGAGAGAGAGAGAGAGAGAGAGAGAGAGAAAGAAAGAAAGAAAGAAAGAAAGAAAGAAAGAAAGAAAGAAAGAAAGAAAGAAAGAAAGAAA